UUUAACAUUAGUUCCCAAGAGAAGGAAAAAAGGAAGAAAAGAAAAAGCCCAAUUGGCUCAAAUUUUCUCUCUAAUUGCUCCAAAAUUUCCUUAAAAAUCAUGUAAUUACUCUUUAGAAUUCUGCCGACCUCUACGCCUCGAAGAUUGCUGCGAAUGGUCAGUCAAUAUUAUCUUCUGUAUUUACAUAUGGUGAAAAUAACCGUUUUUUAGGAUUAAUUUUAUUGGAUACACAAAUUAUGCUUUUCUAGGUUUUAAGAGAGAAAAUUAUGUCGAUUUAUUGCAUCCAGAAGCAGAUCUUUUGGGGUUUUAUGUUAUUUUAAAUUGGGAUCACGAUGAUCGUUUCGCCUCAUUUAUGAAUAAUUGUUUUGAGUUAUAGGGUUUGAAUGAGAAAUUAGUAUGGUUGUUUUUUGAGAAGCAUAAAUUGUAUGUGCAAGUGAGAAUUAAGGAGUGUUGUUGAAUUCUGAAAGUUGAGUAUGUCGAAAAACAAAGAUGAGAGUGGCGGUCAGGAUGCUGCAGAAAGAGUCAAGGCUGCUGCCCUAUCAGCUGCAAAGGGACUCAGCCGUGCGCAGGCUGAGCGUGCAGCUGCGGCAGCUGUACGUAACGUGAAUGCGUAUGGACAGAAGGAAGAAGGGCCAAGCCGAUGGCAAGAGAGGAAGGAAGCUAAGAGGCAAAUGUAUCUGAUGAGUACUGAGAAACAGGUGAGAUUGGGUGAAAGGAAAGACCUCAAGACCUCGGCAUCAGCCCUCGGGGCUGCUUCCCAAUGCCAGAAGUGCUUCCAAACAGGGCAUUGGACGUAUGAGUGCAAGAACGAGAGGGUUUAUCUCUCGAGGCCAUCACGUAGCCAGCAAUUGAAAAACCCGAAACUGAGGAUGAAGCCAUCUAUUUCAUAUGAUUUUGACAACCCGGAUAUUCGGGCGGAGAAGAAUGUAAAACACGAGAAGAAGAGUAAGAGGAAGCAUAAGUCGGACACCGAGUCUGACAAGGAUAGCGAGGCUUCAGUAUUUGAGUCAGACAGUGCAGUUACUGAAUCCGAAGAGUCUUCUGGGGAGAGUGAGUCGAGUUACAGUUCAUCCACAGAUUCGGAGGAAGAAAGGAGGAGAAAACGGAAGAACAGAAAGAAGCAGCAAAGGAAGAGGAGGCACCGAAAGUACAGCUCCUCGUCUGAAUCCUCCGAUUCAUACACAGAUUCAGAAUCCGAUUCUAAGGACAGACACCGGCGAAGGAAGAGCAGGAGCAGGCGGUAUAGUAGUAAGCAUUAAGGCAAUCAAGUUUAUUUAGUCCAUAAUAUGAAGCAAGGGGGUCGAGACAUUGGAUCCCAGUCCUUUUGAUGAUCUUAGCAGAAAUGUUAUUCACUGUUCGAAGUUUUGGUUUACUGUUCUAAUGUUGAUCUUCUGUUCAUGCUAUGGUUGUGAGAUUUCCUCGAUGGCUGAACCAAAAUAGUCAGUUUCUUUCUGUUACUUCUUCUUUCCGUUUAAUUGUCAUUGAAGUGAACGUUAUUUUUGCUCAGUUUCCUAUAUAAAACCCUUGUACUUGUAGCUAAAA